AUGACGUCUGCACCGCAAUUGCAGCCCAAAUUCCUUCCGAGCCGCCAUGACUUGGGUGUUGUGGCAGUGGGCUUUAGCGGAGGCCAGCCAAAACCCGGUGUGGACGCGGCGCCCAUGGCCCUCAUCGAGGCUGGACUGAUUCAGCAGCUUGAAGAGGACCUCGAGUACAAUGUCACCUUUGAUGGCCAGGUGCACAACUAUGCCGAGAUCAAGCCUGCGGACGACCCGCCAUAUCGCAACAUGAAGCGACCCAAGUUUGCCAGCGCCGUUACCAAGGAAGUGAGCGAGCAGGUGUACAGCCAUGCAAAGAGCGGCAAGUUGGUACUGACGCUCGGCGGGGACCACUCGAUAGCCAUUGGAACCGUCUCCGGGACAGCAAGAGCGAUCCGGGAACGGCUGGGCAGAGAGAUUGCAGUCAUCUGGGUCGACGCACACGCCGAUAUCAACACGCCCGAGUCGUCCGAGAGCGGCAACAUCCACGGCAUGCCCGUGUCUUUCUUGACCGGCCUGGCGACGGAAGAGAGAGAAGACAUCUUCGGGUGGUUGAAAGAGCACCACCGCCUCAGCACGAAGAAACUCGUCUACAUCGGCUUGCGCGACAUCGACAAGGGCGAGAAGAAGAUCCUCAGGGACCACGGAAUCAAGGCGUUUUCAAUGCACGAUAUUGAUAGACACGGCAUCGGCAAAGUCAUGGACAUGGCUUUGGGCUGGAUUGGCAGCGAUACUCCCAUCCACCUUUCUUUCGACGUGGACGCCCUGGACCCGAUGUGGGCGCCGAGUACUGGCACACCGGUCCGCGGUGGCUUGACGCUACGUGAGGGCGACUUCAUUGCGGAAUGUGUGGCAGAGACGGGCUCACUGAUUGCGCUGGAUUUGGUGGAAGUCAAUCCGAGCCUGGACGAGCACGGGGCAAGCGAUACUGUCCGCGCUGGCUGCAGCAUUGUCAGAUGCGCACUCGGCGACACGCUCUUGUAA